AUGUUGGUGAUUUUAUUAAGCGUGAUUGGAUUAUUUUAUUUAGUGUCAUCAGAGAGUUGUUACUACCAAAGAUGCUUAGGCUGUCAUCCACAAGAAACUGUGUGGACAGGCUCGCCUGCCAGCUGCAACCCCUCGCACUGGGUAUCUGCUCAGUGGGUACACAACCUUGGACAUCCUCCUCCUUCUACAGACUCCAAGAUAUCUAUUGAAAUGCGAUGUUUGAAAAUGGUAGCAACACCCGAUGACAAGUCAUUCGGUAAUACAGUGGACGUAAUACGAGGAUGUGUACCGAGGGUACAAGUAGACUCAGUCUGUCUCGGUCUGGUGGCUGUUGAGAGAGCGAGAGGUCACAGCGAUGCGCGAUGCUUCAUAUGUAACGGUGAAAACUGUAACGCAGCUACGCAAAUGGUUUUUAAUAUUUAUAUACCGCAAUUAUUUAUACUUCUCAACUAUAUUUUAAGA